AUGAACUUCCCAACAGGUUCAGGCUCUAAUCCCGGGGAUAAUCCUAUUAAUCCUGUGGUUCCAGAUCUCGACGACGCGACAGAAAUAGAGAAGACAAGAGUAGACCUGCCUAAACAAUUAGAAGAUCGUUGUAAAUGGUUAGAAGAGAAGUUUCAAGCCAUGGAAAAUGCCGAUUACCAUCGAGGAGUAGAAGCUAAAGAUUUGAGCCUGGUACCUGAUCUGGUGCUCCCUCCUAAAUUUAAAAUGCCGGAGUUUGAAAAAUACAACGGGACCAGUUGCCCCGAAGCCCAUAUCACUAUGUUUUGUAGGAGGAUGACGGGAUACAUCAACAAUGACCCAUUGCUGAUUCAUUGCUUCCAGGACAGUUUGAUAGGGUCAGCGGCUAGAUGGUACAACCAAUUAAGUCGGGCCAACAUUCAUUCAUGGAAGGAUUUGGCGCAAGCCUUUAUGAAGCAGUAUAGACAUGUGAUGGAUAUAGCACCCGAUCGAAUUGUAUUGCAAAACAUGGAAAAGAAGCCUAAUGAGAGUUUCCGGCAAUAUGCUCAGAGAUGGAGGGAAGUGGCUGCACAAGUUCAACCACCACUGUUAGAGAAAGAGAUAACUAUGCUUUUUAUCAAUACUCUAAAGGCUCCAUUCCUCGGCCACAUGUUAGGCAGUGCCACUAAAAGCUUUUCAGACAUAGUGAUGUCUGGAGAAAUGAUAGAGAAUGCCAUAAGAUGCGGCAAGAUAGAAGGGGAGAAAGAAUCUAAUCCAAGGCCAAAUAUGGAGAGACUUCAAUUCACACCCAUCCCAGUGACGUAUAGGGAAUUGUACCAGACCUUAUUCGAUGCACAUGUGGUAUCUCCAUAUUACCUGAAACCAAUGCAACCCCCAUACCCUAAGUGGUAUGACGCAAACGCCCAAUGCGAGUAUCACGCGGGGACCAAGGGGCAUUCGAUUGAAAACUGCACUGCAUUCAAGAAGUUAGUUGAAAGACUUAUCAAUUUGGGGAUCGUAAAGAUAGGUGACUCAUCAGAACCGAAUGUAGCAGAGAAUCCGUUGCCCAACCAUGAUAAUAAAGGGGUAAAUACGAUAAUUGAGUAUGAAGGAAGGAGAGUCAAAGCCAACAUAGCAGAGAUAAAGACCCCCCUUGAAUGGGUUUGGAAACAAAUGGUGAAAGGAGGUUUCAUCAAGCAAGAAGAAGGAUCUACGGGGAAAUCCCAAAAGGCUAAUCACCCGAUGGUGAUUAUUGCAAAACCAAUGGGUAGAGAAUCUGGAAUACAAAUAGCACCAAAGGUCAUAAUCCAGAAACCUGUAUCCUUUCCCUACAAGGAUAGCAAAAACGUUCCUUGGAAUUACGACUGCAAUGUAACAAUGCCAGGAGAGGAGAGCUUGGUAAAUGCUUCAGGAGAGAAUGAAGGAUUCUAUACACGAAGUGGAAAACGCUAUGAUCCGGAAAACGCAAGAGUGGAAUCUGGAAAAGGAAAAGCCUUAGCGGUUGAAUUGGGAAAAGCAAAAGCAGACAAAAUUGAGACGCGUGUCAACCAGCCGGUAACUGAAAAUGAGGCUAAAGAAUUUCUAAAAUUCUUAAAACAUAGCGAGUACAGCGUGGUAGAACAAUUACAUAAGCAACCAGCUCGUAUCUCGAUGCUUGAAUUGCUUCUAAGUUCAGAGGUACAUCGUAAUGCGUUGAUUAAGGUGCUAAAUGAAACUUAUGUCGCUAGCGAUAUCUCAGUGAAUAAGUUGGACCGUUUGGUUAACAAUAUCAGUGCCGACAAUUUCAUUUUCUUUAAUGAUGAUGAAAUACCGCCGGGGGGAAGAGGGGCCACCAAAGCAUUCCAUAUCACUGUUCGCUGCGGGGAGUAUACGUUAGCGGGAGUGCUAAUUGAUAAUGGAUCAGCCUUGAACGUUUUACCCCUAUCUACCUUAAAUAGGCUACCGGUGGAUGGUUCCCACAUGAAAUCAUGCCAGAAUAUAGUGAGAGCAUUUGAUGGUACCGAAAGGAAGGUGAUGGGAAGAAUAGAAAUACCCCUCUUGAUUGGCCCAAAUACAUACGAAGUGGAUUUCUUAGUGAUGGAUAUCAAGCCUUCGUAUAAUUGUUUGCUGGGGAGACCAUGGAUUCAUUCAGCAGGGGCGGUGCCUUCAUCAUUGCACCAGAAGUUGAAAUUAGUGACAGAAGGCCGGUUAAUUACGAUCGACGCUGAGGAAGACAUCAUUGCAUCGGUAACCAGUGAUGCACCAUAUUUGGGAACAGAUGAGGAGGCGAUCGAAUGUUCCUUUCGAUCCUUAGAGUUCGUAAAUACGACCUCUGUUAUUGAGGGAAAGAGGAUCCCAAUGCCCAGCGUGUCUAGAACCACGAAGAUGGGAUUACAAAUGACAGUUGGGAAAGGAGCUGUGCCUGGAAGAGGACUGGGAAAAUACCUUCAAGGAAGGAUAGAGGCACCAGUGGUGAAGGACAAACAGGACCGCUUUGGUUUAGGAUUUAAACCAAAUGCUAAGCAAAGAAGGAAAGAGUUAGAGAAAAGACAAGAGAGGAGGAAGGCGCGUUUGAACAGAGAAGAAGUUGAUUGGGAACCUCUGUUCCAAGAUAUCGAUGACAUGAGUGACUCUACUAUGAACUUAGAGAACCCUUUUGAACGAGAUAUGUGUUUAGAGGAAUCUCAAGAUUUUGAAGAUAACAUAGAUUGCAACCUGUCUCCGGACUUGUUGAGGAUGGUAGAGCAGGAAGGGAAACAAAUCUUACCUCACGAAGAGACGAUAGAGACGGUGAUCCUGGAAGAAGGAAAGGUGGUGAAGAUUGGAACAUGCAUAGUUGAAGAAGUAAAACAAGACCUCAUUGGAUUGCUUCGAGAGUUCAAAGAUGUCUUCGCAUGGUCGUAUCAGGAUAUGCUUGGCUUAAAUAUAGAUAUUGUAGUUCACCAUCUUCCUAUAAAGGAGGAUUGCAAGCCCGUUCAGCAAAAACUUCGAAGAAUGAGGCCGGAUGUCGUAUUAAAAAUAAAAGAGGAAGUGCAAAAGCAAUUCGAUGCUGGAUUCCUGCAAGUAGUUAAAUACUCCGAAUGGGUAGCCAACAUCGUACCCGUCCCUAAGAAAGAUGGGAAGGUACGAAUGUGUGUAGAUUACAGAGACUUAAAUAAAGCUAGCCCAAAGGAUAAUUUUCCCUUGCCUCAUAUCGACACUCUGAUAGAUAACACGGCGGGACACUCACUAUUUUCUUUUAUGGAUGGCUUCUCGGGAUAUAAUCAAAUUAAGCUGCAUCCUGACGAUAUGAAGAAAACUACAUUCAUAACCCUAUGGGGAACUUUCUGCUAUAAAGUGAUGCCAUUUGGAUUAAAAAAUGCGGGAGCCACAUACCAAAGAGCCAUGGUGACCCUUUUCCAUGAUAUGAUGCAUACAGAAAUAGAAAUCUAUGUGGAUGACAUAAUUGCAAAAUCUAGAACAGAUGAGGAGCAUAUACAAGUCUUAAGAAAACUCUUUAUACGGUUAAGAAAGUUCCAACUAAAGCUUAACCCAGCCAAAUGUACUUUCGGAGCUAGAUCGGGAAAGUUGCUAGGAUUUGUAGUCAGUGAAAGAGGGAUUGAGAUUGACCCAGAUAAAGUCAAGGCCAUACAAGAAUUGCUUCCUCCGCGCACUCAGAAUGAAGUUCGAGGUUUCCUAGGAAGAUUGAACUAUAUUGCCAGGUUCAUUUCACAGUUAACGGAGAAAUGCGACCCCAUCUUUCGUCUCCUUAAGAAACAUAAUCCGGGAGUAUGGGAUGAGGAGUGCCAAAAAGCUUUUGACAAGAUUAAGUAUUACUUCAACGCCCCAGUGCUGAUUCCACCCUGCCCAGACAAAUCGCUCAUACUGUAUUUGGCAGUGUUUGAAAAUUCCAUGGGAUGCGUGCUGGGUCAACAUGAUGAAUCAGGACGAAAGGAAAGAGCAAUUUACUAUCUCAGUAAGAAGUUCACCGAAUGCGAAACAAGAUAUUCACCAGUCGAGAUAUUAUGCUGUGCCCUAAUCUGGACAACUCGGAGACUGAGACAGUACAUGUUGUACCAUACGACCUGGUUAAUCUCCAAAUUGGACCCUCUGAAAUACUUGAUGGAGUCAACCGCUCUGAAUGGAAGGAUGGCCCGAUGGCAAAUUCUUCUAUCUGAAUUUCACAUAGUCUAUGUGAACCAGAAGGCGGUCAAAGGGAGUGCAAUAGCGGAAUUCCUAGCAAGUAGGGCUCUGGAUGAUUAUGAGCCAUUGAACUUCGAUUUCCCAAAUGAGGAUUUGAUGUAUGUUGCAACUGUAGAGAAAGAUUUCCGAGAGGAUGGUCCUUGGAAGUUGAGUUUUGAUGGAGCUUCAAAUGCUAUAGGCAACGGAAUUGGGGCAAUACUUGUGUCUCCUAGUGGAGAUUAUUAUCCUUUCACUAGCAAAUUGGACUUUGACUGCACAAAUAACAUGGCUGAGUAUGAAGCUUGCAUUAUGGGCAUCCAGGCAGCCAUAGAGCGGAAAAUUAAGGUGCUAAAGGUAUACGGGGACUCUGCAUUAGUAAUUUACCAACUCAAAGGGGAAUGGGAAACAAGAGACCCGAAGUUGGUCCGCUACCGAAAAUUGAUUUUGGAGUUGAUUGAGGAAUUUGAUAAUGUCACCUUUAGUUACCUCCCACGAGAUGAAAACCAGAUGGCAGAUGCUUUGGCCACUUUAGCGUCCAUUUUUAAAGUGAACAAAUUAGAAGAUAUGAAGCCUAUCCAGAUCAGCAUCUAUGAGGCUCCAGCCCAUUGUUGCAACAUUGACAAUGAAGAGGAAAAGGAUGAUCACCCUUGGUACCAUGACAUAUUGCGAUAUGUGAAGAGUCGUGAGCACCCUGACCAUGCGACAGAAAAUGAUAAGAAGACAUUAAGGAGAUUGGCCAUUGACUAUGUCCUAGAUGGGGAAAUUUUGUAUAAAAAGGGAAAAGAUCAAGUAUUGUUGAGGUGUGUGGAUGCUGUCGAGGCGAAAGAAAUUUUGGAAGAAGUGCAUGAAGGUAUCUGCGGAACGCAUGCCAACGGCUUCACGAUGGCCAGACAAAUUAUGAGAUUUGGGUACUAUUGGUCCACCAUGGAAGGGGAUUGCAUUAGUUACGCCAAAAAGUGUCAUAAAUGCCAAAUUUAUGGUGACAAAAUGCAUGCACCACCUUCACCCCUUCACGUUAUGGUUUCUCCAUGGCCGUUUUCCAUGUGGGGAAUGGAUGUCAUCGGGCCAAUAUCUCCAAAGGCUUCUAAUGGGCAUCGAUUUAUCUUUGUGGUUAUUGAUUACUUCACUAAAUGGGUGGAGGCUGCUUCAUAUGCUAAUGUUACAAAGUCAGCAGUUAGUAAAUUCUUAAAAAAAGAGAUUAUAUGUCGGUAUGGGAUGCCAGAAAGGAUCAUAUCUGACAAUGCGCUGAACUUGAACAACAACUUAAUAGCGAAAGUUUGUAGUCAGUUCAAGAUCAAACACCAUAACUCAUCACUAUACCGCCCAAAAAUGAAUGGGGCCGUGGAAGCAGCAAACAAAAAUAUCAAGAAGAUUGUAGGGAAAAUGACUGAAACCUACAAGGACUGGCACGAGAAACUACCUUUCGCUCUCUUGGCGUAUCGUACCUCUGUUAGGACUUCUACUGGGGCAACACCGUUUUCUUUAGUCUACGGGAUGGAGGCAGUUUUACCCAUAGAAGUUGAAAUCCCUUCUCUCCGGGUAUUAACUGAACUAAAGUUAGAUGAGGCCGAAUGGGUUCAAUCUCGAUAUGAUCAGCUGAACUUGAUAGAAGAAAAGAGACUAAAAGCUAUUCGUCACGGUCAGAUGUAUCAAAAAUGAAUGAUGCGAGCCUAUAACAAAAAAGUUCGUCCCAGAGAAUUUCACGAGGGGGACCUAGUGUUGAAAAAGAUUCUUCCUCUACAAAAAGAUUUUAGAGGAAAAUGGAUGCCAAAUUGGGAAGGUCCUUAUGUUGUAAAGAAGGCCUUUUCUGGAGGAGCUUUGAUCUUGAGCGAGAUGGAUGGUAAAAACUUGCCAAAUCCUGUGAACUCAGAUUCAGUCAAGAAA